UACUUGCCCAGCCGGCUUCGUAAAUGGCAUUGCGCAUGCGUAGACCUUCUCCUCCUCUUCCCUAUCCCACGCCCCAUGAAAAGCCCCAAACCUCAAGAAGGGGCGGUGCUCGAGCGGGUGACCGGAAGCGGCUGCGGUUCCCAGCCACGGUUUAAUAAUUGUCAAGAGGAUUCUAGGUUCAAUGACGGGCGGCCUGGGAGGGUGUCUUGGAGGUUCUGCUGAGUCACAAGGUCAGACCCCCACAGUGAAGGCUGCAGGACCUUCCUCUAUUUGAGUCUACAGACCCACUGGACUUCACCAUCCUGAAAGAGCGGAGUUGUUGGCAGGAGAACCCAGGGCUGAGGUCCAGUGGGAGUAUGGCAGCUCACACAGAAGCCCCCCAACCAAGGGAACAUGGCAACACCUGGGAGAGUCUGGAAUAUGUCACUCCAUUCUCUUCUGGCCUGUAAAGUUUCCUCUGAGAAGUCAGCAGUGUCAUUUGAGGAUGUUACUGUGGACUUCAGCAAGGAGGAGUGGCAGCAGCUGGACUUUACUCAAAGGAGCCUGUACCAGGAUGUGAUGCUGGAGAACUACAGCCACCUGAUCUCAGUGGGGUACCAAGUUCCCAAGCCAGAGGUCAUCUUCAAGUUGGAGCAAGGAGAGGAGCCAUGGAUGUUGCAGAGGGAAAUGCCGCAUCAGAGCUGUCCAGAUGGGAUUAAAGCCUCACCAAAAAGAAUUUCUGGAAAAGCUACAUUUCAUUGUGAAGUAGAGGGCCCAGCUACAACAGAUGAUUCCUUGUAUUCCAUUUUGGAAGAACUGUGGCAAGAUGCUGAACAGAUUAAGAGAUGUCAGGAAAAGCAAACCAGACACCUAGGUCAUGGUGUUCUCAACAAUAAGAAAAGGAGGCAUACAGAGUGGGAUUGCGACUAUAAAGACGUUGGAAAGUGUAUCCCUCCAAACUCGGAUCUUUUUUCUUUACAGAAAAGACCACAUAAACAUGAUUCAUUUGGGAAGUGUUUGAAACAUAAUUUAGACUCACAUCUUCACCAUAAAAGCAAUACAGCCAAGAACUUGGAUAAAGUUAUUCGACAUGGUCGUGUUUUCGGCCAGAGUGCUUCUUACACUAACCACGAAAAUACCCCCACGGGGGGGAAGUUGUGUGAAAGCAACCAGUGUGGGAAAGUGCUCAACCUCAGGCACGCACUCAGCCCAAACCUCAAAUUUCCUAUUGGAGAGAAAGCCAGUGCACGCAGUGAACUUGGGAAGAUCAUCACCCCCAAGUCUCGCAUCUUUGCUCCACAGAAAAUUCACACCGUGGAAAAAGCUCAUGAACUCAGCAAAUGUGUGAAUGUCUUUCCCCAGAAGCCGCUACUCAGCAUAUACGUGAGAGUUCAUAAAGACGAAAAGCUAUAUAUCUGUCCCACAUGUGGGAAGGCCUUUCUCCAGAGCGCAGAGUUAAUGGUGCAUGAGAAAAUCCAUACAAGGGAGAAACCCUACAAAUGCAGUGACUGUGCAAAGUCCUUUUUCCAGGCGUCAUCUCUACUCAGGCAUCAGACAACUCAUACUGGUGAAAAACUGUAUGAGUGCAGUGAAUGUGGGAAGGGCUUCUCCCUGAACUCAGCCCUCACCAUACAUCAGAAAAUCCACACCGGAGAGAGACACCACAAAUGCAAUGAGUGUGGAAAAGCCUUUACCCAGAAAUCGACGCUCAGAAUGCAUCAGAGGAUUCACACGGGUGAGAGGUCCUAUAUCUGUACGGCAUGUGGGCAGGCCUUCAUCCAGAAGGCCCACUUGAUUGCCCAUCAGCGAAUCCAUACUGGAGAGAAGCCUUAUGAAUGCAGUGACUGUGGAAAGUCUUUCCCUUCUAAGUCCCAACUGCAGAUGCAUAAACGAAUUCAUACAGGCGAGAAGCCAUACAUCUGCCCCGAGUGUGGGAAGGCCUUCACCAACAGAUCCAAUCUGAACACUCACCAGAAGUCCCACACUGGAGAGAAGUCGUAUAUAUGUGCUGAAUGCGGGAAGGCGUUUACCGACAGGUCCAAUUUCAACAAACAUCAGACCAUUCACACCGGAGAGAAACCUUACGUUUGUGCUGACUGUGGGAGAGCCUUCAUCCACAAGUCCGAGUUAAUCACGCACCAGAGAAUGCACACUACAGAGAAACCUUACAAGUGUCCUGACUGUGAGAAAUCCUUCUCCAAGAAGCCACACCUCAAGGUCCAUCAGCGGAUUCACACAGGAGAGAAACCCUAUAUAUGUCCAGAAUGCGGGAAGGCCUUCACAGACAGAUCGAAUUUCAACAAGCAUCAGACCAUCCAUACUGGGGAUAAACCCUAUAAAUGCAGUGAGUGUGGAAAGGGCUUCACCCAGAAAUCAGUUCUCAGUAUGCAUCGCAACGUUCAUACCUGAAAGCAAUCCUGAUACUUGAAAAUGAGAGCACCUUAUGACGUGUAUGAAUCAAGCAACUGAGAAACUGUACCCAAGAAGCCUCAGCCACUCCAGAGCCUCAUAUAGAAGACUUGAAAUCCUGGAUUUGAGCCUGAUGCCGUAAAUUUGGAUGAGACGUUAGUAGGUCCUGGGACAGGAGUGAACAUAUUUUGCAAGAAGCAGUAAUGUGAAUUAUCUGUGACCAUUAGACACCUUGUCUUAGAAAAUGCUAUAGAUUGCUCCCUCCCCAUAUGUAUUCCCCCUUUGAAUCUUCAUGUUUCAGUUAGGACAAUUUCUAUUGAUCUGUUUUCAAAAUUACUA